CCCUCUUUCGUCUCUCCGUUCUCGUAUCUUCUUCGUCUUCUUCAAACCCUUCGAACCUCUCCGAACUUCUCGUCGUCUUUCCGCGAAAACGGUACAUUGCGCAGAAGCAGCCAUGAACUUGAGCUCCGUCUCCACCAAUCCUAAGGCCUCCUCCCCAAUCGGACGACCCCCCAACGAAUUCAACCUCCAGCAAGCUUUCACCGCCGUCCACGGCCACUGCUCCUCUCUCCUCCGCAACCUCUCUCGCCUCCCGGAUUCCCUCGCGUCCAAUCUUCAGUCCUCGCUCUGCGACCUCCAAAACCAGACGAGGCACGCGCUCGAUUCCGGAAUUUCGAAUUUCAAGCUCGUUGCCUCUCCCGCCGGGGCGAAGAGCCCGGUUUUCGCGCGGGUGGCGGAUGUUGGCAACGCCCAAUUGGCUUCGGUUAGCCCUAAGUCGCGCCGGCCAAUGUCUGUGGAGGAGAUUCAGGAGCGGCUGGCGGGCGUGCCGGUGUACGCGCUGAGCAAUUCCUCCGAGGAGUUCGUGUUGGUCUCGGGCGUUUCGACGAGGAAGGCCUUGGGGUUGUUCUGUUUCAAGGAAGAGGAUGCCGAGGCACUUCUUGAGCAGAUGAAGAGCAUGGAUCCCGGGAUGAGGAGCGGGUCUAGAGUCGUGCCUGUUGCUUUGAACAAGGUGUUUCAACUCAAGGUCGAUGGUGUUGCGUUUAGGCUGAUUCCAGAGCUUUCUCAGAUUAAAAACGCUAUCAAAGUGAGGCAAAUGAACGACUUGUCUGACGAGGCCUUCCCAGGGGUUCCAGUUUUCCAGUCCAGAAGCUUGAUACUAAGGAGCCAGAGCCAAAGCUAUCGUCCAGUAUUCUUCAGAAAGGAGGACCUGGAAAAUUCAUUAUUCAGAGCUUCUCGCCAACAAAAUAGGUUAAAUCCCGCAUUUAGACAAGGUGACAUUCAGGUUGCAGUCCUUGAGGAAAUCAUAAAAGGAAUGAAGGAAAAUUCUAAUUCAACAUGGGAUGAUGUUGUUUUCAUACCUCCUGGAUUUGAUGUUGCCACCGAUCCGCCUCGGCAAUCGGCAUCUCGGAAUAGUUAAUGCUGUCCAAGCCAAUUUCCUCCUUUCCUUUUCAUUUAUUUAUUUCUGGUAAUGUUGUGUCGCUCAUGUUGUGCAUUAUUCUUGAAUCUAAGCUUCAUGCGGAACACGGAUAUUUCAGUAGCGUGAUAGUUACUGCUUAAAAUGAUGUAAGGUAUAUUUUGAAUGCGCAAGUCAUUUUCAAAGUUUCAACU